GGCACUUCAUCAAUACCACCUAGAAAUUUGUUACAAAUGCAGAACCUCGAGUUCCAUGCCAGGUAUACCUAACCAGAUUCUUUAUUUUAUUAAUAUAUUUGGAUAAUUUCUGCUCAAGUUACAGUUUUAGAAGCCCUGGAAAUUUUCCUCUAAGUCUGUGCCAGGCUCAGGGAUGGAACAGUUUUUGAUUAACUGAAAAGUAUACUACUAACACAAGUUUUCAAAUUUGGAGUCAUACAUUUUUAAAGCCUGUAACUGAAAAACUCAAUCCGAUUAUAAAUAUUAAAAGCUAGGGGAGCAUGGAAGUGGGACAAAGGUUAAUGUACUGGUCUAUGUGUAUCAUCCACACGACUUUGAUCUAACCCAAUUCAAAAGAAACACCUACUUAAUGGUCACAGCCACAGGAAAUGCCUAAUGACAAAACCAAGGGUGUGUCAUGCCAUUUAUGCCUUCAUGACGAAAAUAUCUAAUUUUAAGUUGGAUGUCAACAUUCCAAGUUUUCUUCCUAAACAAUAAGUAUUUAUAAUUUGAUUCAUAACCAGCAGAUCUGCACAUGAAAAUCAGAAACACUGGAAAAGACGAACAUCACAGAGAUGGACUGAACAUACUACCGAAUGUAGCAUUCCAGAGACAGGCACGAUGUGUUUGCUUCUCCUUUACCUUCCGCCAUGAUUGUAAGUUUCCUGAGAUCUCCCCAACCAUGACUCCUGUACAGCCUGCAGAACUACAUGGUCCUGUUCUGUUGCCCAGGCUGGAGUGCAGCGCUGCAAUCUCUGCUGACUGCAGCCUCUACCUCCGGGGGUCACGUGAUUCUCCCACCUCAGCCUCCCAAGUAGCUGGACUACAGCUGCUCAGAUGGAAAGAGAAAAAUGAUCAAUGAGUGUGAGUGGAAAAAAGAAGGAGAGAGAAAAAGAAUGCAAAAAGGAAAAUCGUUAUGGAGUUUUGAGGCACAAAAAAUUGAGACUGCAGAUGAACAAAUAAAUGGCAAAAGAGACGAUUAAUGUGUUUAUAUUGUAUGGUACACACUCUAAGAGAAAAUGUACUUUGAAAGAAGAAGAAAUUUUUCGAUGAUGACAAAGUUGGUUUAACAAAACACUGCUCUUAUUGUCAAAAUAAAAACUGUACCUUCUCAGCUAUGCCCAUCAUUUGGGGUAUAAUAAAUAUG